ACACUUCUACGCCGUGGCUCUCGAGCCUAAUCAUCCACCAUUCCCCUCUCUCCUUCACUCUCUCUUCCCGCUCUUCCCGCUCUUCCCUCUCUUCCCGUAUAUUUUACCCACUUACACGUACAGACUUAUUGUCUGUCAUCUUCUUUUCUGUUUGGCGGCCAGUGUCACCUGCACCUGUGUUGCAGUGCUACGUGGGGUCUGCUCCUGUUGGCGAGCUUAUCGAUCCACAGAGAAAUCUACCACAAAGGCAUCCUUGGAACGUGGGGAGUCGAGCACGCCCCCCUGCCGAUAUAUAGGUACUGCGACCGUACGAUUCUUCGAACAGCUCACAACUCUCAAAUAUAUUUUCGACAACUCGUCUUUGAAUAUGUCUAACGGUGUUAAUGGCUCCUAUGUGGAGGUGGCCCAUCAUGGCAACGGUGACAUGAACGGGCGAUCCUCAAUGUCCUCAGAUGAAGGCGAGAACAAAAGGAGGAUGGAUCGCAAAAAUUCCAGCCCUAUGAUGCCUGCCUUUAUGGUCUCGGCACCAGGCAAGGUCAUUGUGUUUGGCGAGCAUGCUGUAGUCUAUGGCAAGGCUGCCAUAGCUGCCUCUAUCGCGCUUCGCUCCUACCUUCUAGUCACACAUCUUUCGAAGUCAAAACGUACAGUAACCAUGCAAUUUCCCGACAUCGAUCUCAUUCAUACGUGGAACAUUGACGAUCUACCAUGGAAUGUUUUCCAACACCCCAGCAAGAAAAAGUCCUACUACGAUCUAGUCACGGAUCUCGACCCCGACCUUGUGUCAGCUAUGCAACCUCAUCUAGCAGUCAUCUCCCCAGCUAAAUCUGAAGCCGAGCGCAAAAUACACCAGAAUUCCGCAGCCUCGUUUCUAUACUUAUUCCUGUCGCUAGGAUCGCAAAAGUCUCCGGGCUGCAGAUAUACCCUUCGAUCGACAAUACCAAUAGGGGCUGGUGUAGGGAGUAGCGCGUCUAUUGCUGUCUGUAUGGCUGCAGCUAUGCUUUUACAGAUUCGUUCUCUCUCUGGACCGCAUCCCGAUCAACCGUCUGAGGAGGCACGUUUACAGGUGGAGAGAAUCAACAGAUGGGCAUUCGUAGCUGAAAUGUGCAUACAUGGCAAUCCCUCAGGGGUUGACAACACAGUCGCAACACAUGGCAAAGCCGUAGUAUAUCAACGAACCGAUUAUAAGAAGCCUCCGAUUGUAACACCGCUAUGGGACUUCCCGGAGCUGCCAUUACUCCUUGUGGAUACCAGAGUACCAAAGUCUACGGCUAACGAGGUAGCCAAGGUUGCCAAGCUGAAGACCAUGCAUCAGGAUCUAGUAGGAACGAUAUUAGAUGCGAUAGAUCAGGUUACCAGAAGUGCCGAGAGCCUCAUCGAUGAGGAAUACUUCGACAGUGAGGAGCAAGAGAGUCUGCGACGGGUAGGAGAGUUGAUGAGUAUCAACCACGGACUGUUAUCAUCUUUGGGCGUCUCACACCCUCGCCUCGAACGAAUACGAGAACUAGUGGAUCACCAAGAAAUAGGGUGGUCGAAGCUCACGGGUGCUGGCGGUGGAGGCUGUUCGAUUUCGUUGAUAAAGCCUGGUGUACCUAAAGAAAAGCUGGACAACUUGGAGCGCCAAUUAGAAAAGGAAGGAUAUCUUAAGUUCAGGACAACAUUGGGCGGAGAUGGCGUGGGCGUCUUAUGGCCAGCUGUAUUGAAAAAUGGCUUGGAUGAGGACGAAGAAGGUGGCAUGGAAAUCGAUCUGGAGAAGUUCCUGAAUGCGCCAGGUAACGACGGCGUAGAGAAACUCGUCGGUGUAUCUGGUGGUCUAAGCGGAGCUGAGAGGGAGGGCUGGAAAUUCUGGAAGGUUGACAGCCAAUGAUGAUUGAAGACG